AUGUUGAAGGGCCUUACCGGAGACUUGUCCGGCGCUGGCGACGUGUGCCACGUCAUGCGCGACUUCUCGCAGUGCCUGGCCAUGCAGUACUUGCUGCCGGGCGAGGGCAUCAUGUUCUCCAUGCAGUCCACGAAGGAGGAGUUCACGUUCACUAACCACGCGCUGCUCAAGAUCGCCGGCAACAACUCGACCACCACGCGCAAGCUCACGGAGCGCUACGACUACCGCCACGAGACCAUCACGGCCGUCAAGUUCGAGACGGCGGGACUCGUGGACCGCGAUUGCGAGAUCAAGUUCAAGAUCGGCGGCAAGUCGAUGUCCAUCGACGUCGCCAAGGCCGAGCAGGCGGACGCACAGGACUUUUACAAGGUGCUGGAGAUGCUCAGCCGCCGGCAGCUUGAGAACAAUCGCGCGUGGGAGCACGGCUGUCUGGCGCUCAAGUACUCGAGUGAGGCGCUGUAUCUCACCGAGAACAGCGGCCAGACACUGACGAAGCAGAGCGACGAAGCUGCCUCCUGGGUUGGUGAGCUCUACAAACGCACGCACCCGCUGUGCUACAGAGAAUUCAUCACCAGCGCGUUCCAGGAGCUCCGGCUCAUCGACAAAAUGGAGCGCUUCCAGAUACAAAAGUAG